AACAAUGACAACAUCUCAAAAUUCUCCUCCCAAAUAUUUACAAGAGGACCUAAGUGAAGAGUGUAAAAAAUUUCUCUCUACCCUACCUAAAGAAAAAGGAUGGAUGGAAUCAACUAUCUACAAUUUUCAAGGUUUUUGGUCAUCAUCAAGAGCAAUUCAAGGUGUGAUUGCAUGUCAACAACAAUUUCAAGCUCAAGAUAGUGAUAUCAUUCUCGUGACAUCUCCAAAAUCAGGAACUGUUUGGUUAAAAUCACUUUUAUUUGCAUUAGUGAAUCGAAAUAACCAUCCUAUUUUUGAAAAAGAUCACCCCUUACUUUUAAAAAACCCUCAUGAUCUCGUUUUGUUCUUGGAACUUGAUCUAUAUGUUGAUGGUCAAGUCCCUGAUUUUUCAUCGUUCACUUCACCUAGACUCUUGGCAACUCAUGUGCCCUUUGCUUCAUUGCCAAAAUCAGUUCAGACUUCAAGAACCAAACUUGUUUACUUAUGUAGGAAUCCAAGAGACACUUUUAUUUCUAUGUGGAAUUUUGCAAACAAUUUAAGACUUGAUAAUCACAAAGAUACCAAUUCCAUUGAAGACAAGUUUGAUCAUUUUUGUAAGGGUGCGAGUCUUUAUGGACCAUUUUGGAAUCAGGUGUUGGAUUAUUGGAAAGAAAGUAUAGAAAAUCCUGAUAAAGUAUUUUUCUUGAUGUAUGAAGAAAUUAAAAAGCAACCUAAAAUUCAGCUUAAACGUUUGGCUGAAUUCUUGGAAUGUCCAUUUUCCAUAGAGGAAGAAAAUUGUGGAGUUGUGGAUGAAAUAUUAAGAAUGUGUAGCUUUGAAAAUUUGAGGAAUUUGGAGGUGAAUACACAUGGGAAAAUGUCAGCUGGAGUGGCAAAUAAAAAUUUCUUUCGUCGAGGGGAAGUUGGAGAUUGGAAGAAUUAUUUUACUGUCGAGAUGAAUGAUAAACUCAAUCAUAUCAUUGAACAAAAGUUUCAAGGAUCUGGAUUAAAAUUUUCAUAUAUUUGAUUAGACAUUAAUAUGUUAUAAUGUGAAUUGAAUGUAGUUUAUUAUUUU